GCUACAUAUACUUUGGUGCUCUCCUGCCUUCUUUCCUCCUUUCUUCAGGCGUUCACUCCUCAUCGCCUACCGGACUGCAUCGCGACAACGCAGUUGUUAGUAGAGGCAUGGACAGUGUCCACGGCUUUUGUGAUGCCGCCACGCCGCUCGCAUCCCAAGUCCCGCAGAGGCUGCUCGACCUGUAAGCAACGACAUGUCAAAUGCCCAGAGGAUGGUCCACCAUGUGCAGCUUGCAAAGCCAGAGGAACGCCUUGCGAAUAUGUAGCGCCGGCACCGGGUGUGCAAACCUCGCCGUGCAUCAGUGGUCCUGCGGCAGCGAACAUCGAUGGAGAUCCAGAAGCCAUUCAACCAGUUUUUCCGCAGAGCUUCAAUGCGAAAAUGGGAUCUGUCCAGCACAGCCACAUACUGGAGCUGCAACUCAUGAACAGAUGGUCAAUUGUCACCUACAAGAGUAUGUCCACUCCAAUCGCCAACGACGAAUACAUGUGGCAAACAAAAGUGCCGGCAAUGUCACUCGAGCACGAUUUUCUCCUGAACGGGCUUUUUGCAAUAACCGCAUUUGAGGUCGCAACCUCCUACGAGCGCGACCGCCAUUGCUACGUAAAUGCUGGAAUUUCAUACCAAACCUUAGCUGUCAGCAGCUUCCGUAACGAGCUGCCGAACAUCCAGCCGGACAGUUUCGAGGCUAUGCUUUGCUUCUCGUUGAUGCUCAUGGUUCUUGCACUUGCCUCUGCAAAGUUCUCCUCGGAGGGGAAUGACUCUGGAUCCGUGGAUAUGGUACAGAACAUGCUGACUCAUUUCGAGCUGCUGCGUGGUUGUGCUGUCGUCAUGGAAAGUCAACCUACCUUUAUCGAGCGAUCGCCCUACAUUCGAAGACUGAAGCGCUUCUCAGAACUACCCCAACUACCAUUGAACGCGGCGGUUGAUGCCGCCAUCUCCAAGCUAAGCGAGACGAACGAGUUGCGGGUCGCAUCUACCGUUGCCGACUCCUACGAGCGCCGCUUGGAGCAAGUCGCUUUCUGGAAAGCAUGUAAAACAGCAAUCUUGAUGCUCCGAGAAUGUUGGGUCAAAUGUGCAGAUGUCAACUACAAGGGAUAUGCUCUAGCAUGGCUGAACAUGGCUGGCGAGGACUAUGUCAAGGCAAUCAAAGCUAACGACGAUAUCGCUCUUCUUACGCUAAUGUACUGGGGCGUUCUGGCGGAAACACUGGGACAAGACAUCUGGUGGGCGAGGGGUUUUGGUUGCCUUCUUGUGGAUCAGAUUUCGACCCUGAGAUUUGAUGACAACAUCCAGGCGCCUGGAAAGGAACUGGUUUUGUCGGCGUGGAAGCUGAUUCAGGAAAGCUCUGCUACCCGAGCCAUGGCCUGAGCCAUGAUCCAACCACCGCAUCUCUCUGUGCCUGCUGGAUUUGCACCACCUUGAGCAGAGGCACCUAAUAGUGGCAGGCCUCCCGAUUGACAUCAAGCGGGUUUGCGGCUACGGACACGAAUACGGACACGGAAACGCUAGGCCGGACAAGGUCACCCACAUGCCCUUAGGCCCACCACCCAUGUUUCAGGACAACACCUGGCAGGUCGCUUCAUUGAUCUC